AUGCUUCACUUCUUGAUGGGAGCGAUGUUUUUUUUUGUCGGAGUUACGUUAGCGCAAGUUGAACGAGAAAAACCGCUGGAAGCUUUCAAAUGGUCAAGAUGGGUUUAUGCAGAGGUUGCGGAUAAGUUAAUGUGGUUUAUAAACACCGUAGUAAAGCUUGCAGAAGAACGAACAAUCGACUGCACCUCACCGGAUCUUUUGCCAGACCAGUGUAAACUGGUUGCCAAGGGUGCAAAAAUUUUCCGAGAUCCAGCGAAAUAUCAGUGCAGACACGAGCCGAUGCCGAAACGCGAAUGGAACCAUUUGGCGAAUAAUUCAACGUAUCGUGUCGCUUGCCCCAUCGGAUGUGAACCAAACGCUGACUUGUCGGUUCUUGUGAAAACACCACGCAACAAUCCUUUAUGUCAAAAAUACUAUACUUACGGGAAGUACAGGGACGAAAAUGAAAAUGAGUGGUACUUGUGGUUCACAGCUCCAUGUAAAACAAACGUCACCACUUGGUGCCGAUUCCAAGACCGAUAUGACGCUUUUGAAAGAAAAAGGGAGUAG